AUGGAAUUUUCGCAACUGUUCACUCCCAUUUCACAGAAGAAACCACAGCGAGGCUUUAAAGCACUCGGAGGAGAAGAAGGAGGAAUGGAUACGCUAGAAAUUGUGAACGAAAUCGGUCUUAUUUGCCUUGAUCGUGGAUUUAUUAGGUCGUCUCUAAGUGACUUAAUAUGAGUAGUUCAUGAUCUUGGUGAACAGACCUGGGAGAUUAAGAAGGAGUGGUUGGUCAUUCCAACUUAG